CCUGUUUAUUGUAAAAUUCGUUACUAUGGUGUCAUCGAAGAAAUUUGUGAGUUAGUUGCUUUACAAUGGUUUCUCAAUACCUUUAUUUGGAUGCAAAUGGGUUGAUAACUCUAGUGGCGUUUCCAUUGACGACUUAUUAGGAUUCAUCAUGGUAAAUCUUGACAAACAAGGGCAUAAAGAAGAUCCUUACAUAUUGGCUAAUCAAGCUAAACAAGUAUUUUAUGUGACUGACCCAACUGAUAAGAGAAAGUCAAUAGUUAUUUCACCUUCGCCUCGACAUGCAGUAGAUGAGUAUGAAAAUGAUAAUCUGGAGGAAGGAUCCACCUUUAAGAAGGGGCCACUCGGGGAUGAUAUUAAUGGCGAUUCUUCAAUAUAUGUAAGACAAGACCAUGAUGAAGGUAUGUGGGAUGAAAUAGAUUCUAAAAAGGCAAAGUCCCGAAAACGUCAUCGUAAAUCAAAUUCUAGAAAAAACUGAGGUGUGUGUUGAAUAUAUAUUUAGGAUACUGAUACGCAUAUUUCAUUCAUGGAACAACCUUUCUUUCUCUAUUUUAUUUUUAUUAUAGUUUAACUGUGGAAGUGUAUACACACACACACACAUAUCUCUAAGUUUAUUUCCCCAAUUUUUGUACUUUGGCAGCUUAAUGGCAAAAAAGAAAAAAGCAUGCAAGUCAAUCUACAAACAAUGCAACCUCUGAUCCAGAAAAUGAUGCUACUGAAAAAAAUAAUCGUGAGGAGAGAGAGGUGGCACUAUACUUGCAAUGCUGGGGAAAGCAAUUCAAAGCGGUACCAAAAUCCCUGUGGAAUGGCAUCCUACAUAUGGAGUUCCAUUUGGUGAUAAAAAAAACCGCACUACCCUUUCUUCUUAUAUUGGUGUAGUUGCUCGUGAACCUGUAAAUAUUAACUAUAAAAAUUGGGGUGAUGUUCCAAAAGAAAUAGUGGAUGAAGAGUAUGAAAUCAUCGCAAAAGGAUUUGAUGUACUAGAGAAGCGCAAAAAAUAUAUCUUAGGGAGGGCUUCUAUUCGAUGGAGGGCCUUCAAGACAAGAUUGAGAAAGUAUUGGCUAUACAAGGUACAUGGAAAUAAGAAAGUGGUAAGGAAAACAUCGCCAUGGAAAUAUCCAAUGAUACUGCAAACUAAUUGGAACAAAUUUAUAAAGACAUAUAUCGAAGAUGAUGCAUUUCAGAGUACGUUGGAUGCCCAAGCUCAAAGAGGAGAAAUAACCGCCAAGGGUCGGGAUGACGUAUUAGCCAAAGCAAUAAAUAAGUCUGAUCAUGGUGGUCGGGUAAGGGCUGUUGGAUCGGGCGUUUCAAAUAAGGCAUAUUUUGGGUACAACCAACCAACACCUCCAAAUCGUAUGCAGGCACAAGUCAAUUAUCUGAUGAAAAGAUGGGUACUAUGAGAAAUGAUCAAAACUUGUUGUUGUCUUACAUUAUAUCAAGCCCUAAUUCCAACCCAGAUCAAUUUAGACAAUUCAUAACAAGUGGUGGUGCUUUAGGUGGCCAAGGGUCGGUGAGUACUCCAUUUGGGAGUUAUGUUGCCCUACUUAGUGGCCAAGGGUUUGGUGCUUCCCAAUUUGGUUUCCCUAUGCAAGGGUUUGGUGGUCCUCAAUUUAGUGCUCUUAAUGGACAACUUAGUGGCUCAAGUGGCCAAGUAGGUGGAUUUGAUGUCAAUAAUGUUGGUUUUAACGACCUUGGUGCUCAUUUAAGUAAAAAUGUUGGUUUUAACGGCCUUGGUGCUCAUUUAAGUAAAAAUGUUGGUGCUCAUGUAGACCUUGAAAUAAAUGGUACUUCGGAACCUAACCAGGAGGAGAUUUUGCCUUACCAUGUUCAUUGGCCCGUGCAGCACUUAAUGUGAAGUGAUCAGCAAAUAGAGAAAAAUUGUGCUUCUUCUCCUCAAAUAAGUCAUGAGCUAAUUGAUGAUGAUCCGAUUAGUCAUAAUCAAUUUAGAAGUGGUCUGACAAGGCAUGAUCCAGUGAGUGUUAUUGAACAUACUCUUCUUGAUGAGGUACAUUAUUCUUUUUCAAUUAUUUAAUACUCAAUGACAUUCUUAGCCUUAUUAUAAGUAUUUCUCAUGGUAUAUUAAUUCAAAUUGUACAUGAUAAGGGUUGGAGUGAUUGUUCUUUGGAAAUUCAAAGUUAGAAGGAGCUACAUAUUGUUGCCAAAGGAAAGGUGGAAAAAAGAAAAUCAGAACAAGCAAUUACUGUUCAUAAUGUUAAGAUUGUGACUAGUCUUCUACGAGUCUUGGUUGAUCAAGUAGUGAUGCCAGCAGCUCUUAUGCCAUGUCCAACCUCAGAGUUCACGUACGUGUCCCAAGCUAACGGUAGUUUUGCUCCCUGGCCAAGUCACUUGAUUUUUCCAAUGAUGAAGGUAAAAUUUUAUUCUUAUAAUAUUACAAAAUUAUGUCCCAAAGUGGUUAUUGAAGUCUCGGGUUGUAUGUUAGUUUAAUCAUUUUUCUUUUUAAUUUGUGCUUUUACUUUAAAGGAUGAUGAACAAACAGCAAAACCACUUGAUCAACCCCUAACUACUCCAUCCCCAGAAACACCAUCAUCACAAGCAUCCACUACUCAUAAGUAUAUCAUCAGAGAUGAGGAUUGUGCUAAGUUAACUACUAGUUUGUUGCGAAAAUUCAAAAUUGAAGCUGGGAGAAUGAAAGAAAAUGAUGAGUGCAUAUCAAUAACAAUCCCAACAAGUGUGUAUGGACAUGAGCAUAAACUUAAAAUUGAUUAUGCAUACAUUAUGCUUUCAAAGAGAGAUUAGAGCUUCACAUUUGUCUAUCUUUAUGAAGUAAAUGCCUAAUGACUUACCUCUUUUCUCUAUUGCUUUCUAACUAUCAGUUUUAUAUUAUUUGUAUUAUAUAUGUUAAUUGAUGUGGAAGGUACUUAGAGCGAAAUGUGUAAACAAGAUAGUGUUGCUGGAAUGUAUGGAUUUUGCGAUAUUGGUUGUUUAUCUCCGCUAACACCAAUAACUAAAGAAGGACGGUCAGACUAUUUAGCAAGUGUGUUUGGUCAAAAUGAAGGGAAGAAUCUUAAUCAACUUUUCUUUGCUCCUUAUAAAGAAAAGUAAGUGUGAAUUAUAUAUAAAACUAUUUUUUGGGAUAUUCAAUGAUAAUAAUGUCAAUGUUAUUACUUCUCUUACUAAUGUUACAUAUAGUCGGCAUUGGAUGGUUGCGAUAAUUAGUCCUUGGAAUGCAGUGGUGUUUUGGCUAGUUCCAGGUGGAGCAGAAAAUGAAAUUAGUGAAUUUUCUCCAAAGACCAUCAAUGAGUAUGUAGUACAUCACAUAUUCAUUGUAUCUACAUAUAAUGUGCUUAAAAUCAGUUUGCUUUCUUUGUGUUGAUUGUUUAAUUUAUGAGGACGUAUAAUUCAAUAUCGAUAAUUACUAAUCUAAUUUUUUUGAUUAAUUUUUUUAGUGGGAUAAAAAGUUUAGCCAAAAACAUCGAAAAGACAUUAUCAAGAUAAAAAAAGAAUCUAGGAAUUAGGUGGAAGAAACCACAGGUAAGUUUUAGUUAAUUUAUACAAAGCUUCUCAAUAAUUAUUGAUUAAGGGAUUUUGCUCCCACCAAUCGGAAUGCGCCACGUGGACCAAUCAGGUCCUGCCAAGUGUC